AUGGACGAGCGCCUCGCCGAAGGGGAGUUGGCGUUGGUCCAUGCCUUGGACACAGCCGAGAGCACGAAUGCUCGUAUCGACGCGAUCGAACGCUUAGUAGCGCAUUGGAACGACGUGCACAAGGUCCAUGAUGUCGACGUAGCGAUUCUCUCGCUUCAUACACACAUGACGAACCAGCAUAUUGGACUUACGCGUGCAGUUUAUGGUGCGCUUCAAACUCUUCUGCAGGUGGCCGAGCCAUGGUCGCUGCGCCAAGCGCUGACACUCGUGCGGCUCUGUGCGCCGCCAGCAUGGGAGCGCAUGGCCGACACGCCCGAAGCGGAGGCGCUGCUUCGUGGUAUGGUGCAUGUGGUGCGUCAUCAUCGCGGUGCGACCGUGCAGGAGCACGACGCGCCCACGGUGAUGUGGGACCGCAUGGUUCGCCACCACGGCCUGGAAGCCGUGUCGCCCAGCGUCCAAUGCAAGGCACUGGACCUUCUUCCAUGGCUGCAUGAGCACGAUGCUGCCCCGCCACUUUCUACACUGACCCCAGUGCUCGUCCAAUGCCUGCAACAGGCGGACGUGACGGUCCGUCGCGCGGCCAAGACAGCGAUCGAAGCCAUGUACGGCUCUGCCUCAGCGGAGGCCAAGACGCAAAUGCGGGCCGCCCUCGCUGAAGCUUCUGUACACCAUACUGUGUCGGAGGAGAUUGGGCGUGUGCUCUUUGGUGCGCCGCCCGCGGAGCUUACGUCUCUACCUGACGACGUGAAGCCUGUGUAUAUCCACUCACGCUUCGAUAUUGAUCUGGUAUUUCAAGCGGCUACCAAGGCAUUCGAGGGGCGCGAGACAGAGUCGAAUUGGCAGGCUCGCGAAAAAGCCGUCGUCAGUGUGCGUGGGAUGCUGCUGGCUACGGUGCCGGACGAGUUUGCCUUGGGCUUUGUCGCGCAGAUCCGUGCGUGGCAAGAAGGCAUUCUAAAAGCGGUCGCGAGUCUACGCACGACCCUCUCUAUGCAUGCGAUCUCGCUUGUGCGGCAGCUUGCGCUGGCCUACGGCACGCAGCUGGAACAUACGAUGGACGCGUUUUUCACAUCGCUGCUUCGUAUGGCUGGGGUUACGAAGAAACUCGUAGCCCAGGCCAGUCAGCUAGGUGUAUCGACGAUCCUUGCGUGUGUUCCGAUGCGUGCGUCGUACUGGCAGCAGCUGCAGGCGGCACUGCAGGAUAAGAGCGUCGCGACGCGUGUGUAUGUAUGCAAGCACCUAGGCGUGAUUCUCCAAGUGCAUGGCCUCAAACGUGCAUCGCUGGAGUCGCAUCAUGGCCUUGCGACGCUGCUCGCAUGCAUGAGCAAAGCACUGUGUGAUCCCAGCAUCGAGGUGCGUACGGCCGCCCGCGACGUGUUCCAUACACUCUCGGAGCUAUACCCAUCCGACGCCGAAGCUCUGGUACAAUCGCUCCCGCCCACGGCACGCAAGCAGAUGGCGACGAGCAUACGUGGGAUGUCCGCCUCCCCUGCGCCACGACGUCCGCCGUCACGUACAGGCCCUUCUCGAGCAGUGCUUGCGGCGAAACGCGCUGCGAUGGCACAGAGUCCAAUGGCUGAGCGGCGGCGUAUGCCACGCGAAUCGGUAUGGCAUCCUAGCCUAGUCGAUGGACCGGACGCUUCGACAGAUCUCAUGGAAGCCGACCGUCCAUGGCACGAUGCCCAUCCUCCACGGCCCAGUAUGGGCACCAGUUCUGAGGAGGUCUCAACGACGUUGCCCCCUCUUCGUCCAUCGACCGACACGCCGAAAGCUCGUCGUAUCUCGUCGCCGACACGGACACACGCACGCUUAUCCCUCCCACCGACGUCCACGGCGUGGUUCUUAUCGCGCUUCGAGGAGUGUGCGUCGAAUCCACCGACUGUGGAGAAGGACGCAUGCCUCGCGGCGUUGGCGGCGCACACCAUGGAGGAGGCCCACUGGUCAAGCCUCGUCGCAUACCUUGCCGAUCCACCGACGGAUGUGGCUGCAUGGCUGCCUGGUCUUGCAGCGUAUCUGCAUUCUGAUGUACGUGUCGCUGGACUGCUAACACAGACCCCUAUCACGCUUGGGAUCCUCAGCGUACUGUAUCGCCUGGCAGGCUACGUCACGGAUGCCUCCACAACCACAGAGGACAACGAGACACAAUGGCUCUCACUGGUGUACCAAGCUGGCUGUGCAUCGAGCGAGCCAGGGACGCUCACGCAGGGCGGCGCGUAUGCCAUGCUUGACGUAUGGUGUAAGCAUACGGAUGCAUGUACAAUCUAUACGAAGCUGGACGAGGCUUCCCUAGGCUACGAGCAUCCUACAUGCUAUCUGCUUACGUUGUUUGCUCUGGAGCAUAGUCUCCCACACAUACCACGUGAUGCGCUAGUGACGACACUCACGCCCACUGUGCCUAUGACCUUCAAGGCGCUGCGGCACAGUGCGACGAACGUGCGGCGGGCCUGCGUCAGUACCAUGGUGCAGGCCUAUGUAUGUAUGCAAGAUCGCGAUGCAUGGGUUCACCUGUACGCGCCGCUGACAGAGCAGGAAGCGCGUCUGUUAGAGGUAGGUCUCGGUGACGGCUCACACGUCCAGCAUUAUAUCGAACGGUCGAAGACUUUGUAG